AUGGCAGUUGAUAUGAUCCUACCAAAACUAAAUCACCUAGCAAGCCCAGCUUUACUUCGCAAGAUAGACCAACUUCGCGAGAAGAAUGUUGGACAACACGUUCCUCUUCCACAGCUCGUCGUUGUUGGCGAUCAAAGUAGUGGCAAGUCGUCUCUUCUCGAAAGCUUGACGGGCGUUCCAUUUCCUCGCAAUCUGGAGCUUUGCACACGAUAUGCGACACAAAUAACAUCCCGCCGGGAUCCAGAAUCUCGAGUGGAUAUCAAGAUCAUUGCUGGCCCUCGUGCUUCUGAUGAACACAAGAGGCUGGUCGCCAGUUAUCGUCCAGAAAUUCCAUCAACAGAGAAUUUUCGCUCUCGUUUCCCAGAAAUUUUGAAGGAAGCGAACGCUCGAAUGGGAAUUCGAACCGACCUUGCUUCGUCUGAAGGGACUGUUUUCAGCGAGGACAUCUUGAAGAUCGAGAUAUGCGGCCCUGAUGAGGAUUAUUUAACGGUAAUCGACGUACCGGGAAUUUUCCGCAAUCCGAGUGAGGGAAUCACCACUAAAGCUGAUAUCCAGCUUGUUCAAAACAUGGUGAGAGGCUACAUAAAACAUAGCCGUACCAUCAUCCUUGCCGUCCUACCCAGCAAUGUGGACAUUGCCACCCAGGAGAUCCUUACCAUUGCUGAAGAUUUUGACAAGAGCGGAGAGCGCACUUUAGGUGUACUAACAAAGCCGGAUCUGGUAACAGAGCAAAGCGCGCAAGCCAACAUUUGCAGCUUGGUUCUAGGAAAAAAGAGACCACUCACGCUUGGAUACUAUGUCGUCAGAAGCCGAGGUGCAGAUGAUGAGCAUGUCUUCAAUCUUUCUGAAGCGGAAAGUAUCUUUCUUAAGGCACCUUGGAACACACUGCCCAAAGAUCGUCUAGGCGCAGUGGCUCUGAAAGCACGACUCACUGAGCUGCUGGGCCAAAUUACCCGAAAAGAGUUUCCGGAGCUCCUGAAAGAUGUCCGCCAACAACUAUCCGACUGCCGUGCAACUUUGAAACAACUCGGUCCGGCCCGCCAGACGGAGAGAGAACAGCGACUGUUUCUAAGUAGCCUAGCAAGGCGUUUUCAGGACCUCGUAGAAGCCGCUUUAUCUGCGCGAUACUCCUCGCAUGAGAUCUUCGAUAAAGUAGAGCCUAGACUCAUCACAUAUGAAGACGAUGAAUCGGACAAGGAUGUUCAAGAUGACUUGUCGCAAGAUGCAAAUGGUCGAGAAAGGGCUAUUCUUCUUGAAGACAUCAAUCUGGAUGAGUACAGCGUCCUUGAUAACAUUAUAAGCAAGGACAACACUAUCGAAGACCCUCGAAACGGUAUAACGAAAUGGACGGAGAAACUGUAUUUGCAAUCUCGCGGUGUGGACUUGGGUACUUUUGGUGGAACGAUCCUUUCUAGUGCCUUCAAGGACCAUGUCAUAGUGGUCAUUCACCGUUUCAUGGUAAUUGCUCUGGACACGCUCUGUGCAGACUCAUGCGUUCGAGAGGAGAUAUGGGCUUCAAUCCUCGACGAGGUGCUUACGAGAUACAAAGCGGCAUUAGACCAAGCAAUGUUUCUCGUAUCCUUGGAGAGAGACAAAAGACCAUACACCGUAAAUCACUACUUCAACGACAACCUCCAGAUCGUUCGCGGGAAUCGGAAGGCAGCCAUGUUGAAAGCGAAGUCGCGACAGGAGAUCAAGAGAGGAUUCCAUAAUUCCGCCCAGGUCUGUGACAAUCUUGUAGUAGACCUUGAAGAUGUCAGAAGUACGACCAAGAAUAAAAGCAACGUUGAUCAGGUCAAGGAAGAAAUCCACGACAUUCUAUGGUCUUAUUACAAGGUCGCUAGGAAAAGAUUCGUCGACAAUGUCUACCAACAAGCCGUCGAUCACUGCUUACUUACCGGACCGAGAAGUCCUCUUGCUGUGCUUACACAAGAAUGGGUUAUCGAACUGGACAGUGAACGACUGGAGAUGAUUGCAGGGGAAUCGCUACUGACAAGACAACAGCGACUGACUUUGUUGAAUAAGAUUGGAGAUUUGGAAGCAGCGUCGCGAAUUCUUGGAAGCUGA